ACAGGAGUUUCAUUGAUUAUAUUGGAGAUGGGUAUUGCAGAAGGUGGUUGUGAUAACAUUCCACCAUUUCUUGUGGAGUACAAGGAUUUGUUCCAUGGAUUAGAAAGAGAAGAAUCGGAUGAGAAAAUGGUUUCUUCUUCUUCUUCUUCAUUGAUGUGUGAGCUGCCAUUGAUAGACCUCAGCCAUAGGCAACGUGAUAUGGGUAUUGCAGAAGGUGGUUGUGAUAACAUUCCACCCUUUCAUGUGAAGUACAAGAAUUUGCUUCAUGGAUUAGAAAGAGAAGACGCAGAUGAGAAAAUGAUUUCUUCUUCUUCUUCAUCAUUGAUGUGUGAGCUGCCAUUGAUAGACCUCAGCCAUAGGCAAGGUAAUGAAAGUGAGAGAAACAAGUGUGCAGAUGACAUGGCCAGGGCUGCUUCUCAGUGGGGAUUCUUUCAGCUCAUAAACCAUGGAGUUCCCCAAGCUACAAUCAAUCAAAUCCAAAAGCAGCAGAAGAGAGCCUUUGAUCUGCCCUUUGAAUAUAAGCUCAAGUUUGGAUGUUAUAGAUGGGGAACUCCAACUGCUCAGACUGCAAAACAGUUGUGCUGGACAGAAGCUUUCCAUGUUCCCCUGGCUGCAAACUCAAAAGAGCAGUUGCAACUCAAUGAAUUCUCCAGCAUCAGAAUGGCGAUUGAAGAAUAUGGGCACGCCAUGGCCAGACUGGCACAAGAAGUUGCAGGAAUUCUAGCAGAGAAGCUUGGAGCAAAAACAGAGAAAGCCACUUCUUAUUUGAGAACAAACUACACAUACAAUACCUCUGUACUUCGUUUAAACAGAUACCCACAAUGCCCAGUGUCCUCCAGUGUCCAUGGAUUGAUACCACACACAGACAGUGAUUUUCUGACCAUUUUACAGCAAGACCAAGUUGGGGGUUUGGAGAUAAUGAAGGAUGGCAAAUGGGUGUGUGUAAAACCAGAGGCAAAUGCUCUGAUUGUCAACAUUGGAGAUCUGAUGCAGGCAUGGAGCAACGAUGUGUACAAAAGUGUGCAACACAGAGCACUUGCAAACAAUACAAAGCAGCGAAUGUCUAUUGCAUUUUUCCUCUGCCCUUCACAAGACACUGUUAUUAGUAAACAUGAUGGUGAUUCAAAUCCACCACUUUAUAGGACUUUCACAUUCAGAGAUUUUAAGGCACAAAUUAGUGAGGAGGUGCGCCUCAAUGGAUGUAAGAUUGGCCUUCCUGGAUUUCUCCUUUAGUGCACCAUGGUUUUCCCAUGAUGGUAGAUUCCCGAGCUAUAUUGAUAUAUUGAUAUUAGAAUAUAAAUGGUGUAUAAAGCUGGCUCUUUUGUUC